AUGUCGUACGCUUCCGUUGCUGCCAGUGGCCCAAAACAGAGUCCUGAAGAGGUACUGGCUCGCGCCCCUGCUCCCCUAGAGGUUGAGCACACCGAGGACAGCGUUUCCUCCCUUGUCGAUGUCGACAGCCCCCACAUCUCAUCUGUGCCUUCGGACUACGAGGAGCAAUCCGUCAAGACCGAUACGCAGGAGGAGCGCAUAGAGCGUGAGGAGGAGAUCAAACAGACCGCCAAGGACAUCAAGCAGAAAGCUGCCGCCAGGAAGGAGGCCACAAAGGAGAAGGCCGAAGCUGCGAAAGAGAAGGCCGAAUCUGCGAAGGAGAAGGUGAAGAAGAACUCCGACAACCCGGUCGUUGUCAGCAAUGCGGUUGGUCUGGCUGUGAUUGGUACUCUGCUCAGCAUUGGCGCAUACAGGAAACACUCUCGUGGAGAACUGACCGGCAAGGUUGUUGCAGCUUGGGCGGGUGUUCUCGGGCUUUUCGGCGUCGGGGACUACUUUGUUAGCCAGUACUUCUUCAAGCGCUACCCACCGAAGAACUAG